AUGGAAGGCCGCAGAUUGCGCUCACGGCGAACCUUCCUCACACUCGUGCUCCUGUUCUGCGCCCUUUCUCCAUUCGUGGUGAGGGCUGAUGAAGAUAACUACGAAUACAAGGAUGGCGAGGUGAUCCCCUUCUUGGUAAACACGAUCGGCCCCUACGCCAAUCCCUCGGAAAUCUAUGGCUACUACUCUCUUCCCGUGUGCGCUCCACCCAAGGAGCAGCGCUCUCCUGACCGAACCUUCAACUUGGGCGAGAGCCUCGAAGGUGAUGAAUUCAAAAAGUCUCUCUACGUGCUCAAAUUCAAAGUGGAGGAGAAGGAUAAGCCCCUGUGCAGCAAGCAAUUCACCGUCGAAGAGGUGACCCGCCUCAAGAAGGCCAUCGAGGAAUACUACUACUUCGAAUUGCUUUGCGAUGACCUGCCUGUUCACGGCUUUAUCGGCACUGUGGACGGAGACAAGCACUACCUCUUCACGCACGUCCAGUUCAACGUCCUCUAUAACAAGAAUCAGGUCAUCGCGGUAAACGUGACGUCCGACCUGCGCAAGGUGGUAGAGCUGAACGAGCUGACGCCCAACGAGCAGUCGGUGCAUUUCACCUACGCCGUCAAGUGGCACGAGACCGACACGCCCUUCGAGGACCGUGUCUACCUGCCCUCGCUCUUCUUCAACUCGGAGAUGGAGAUCCACUGGCUGUCGAUCAUGAACUCGUUCGUGCUGGUGAUCCUCCUCACCGGCUUCCUCUCGAUCAUCAUCAUGCGCGUCCUCAAGAGCGACUACUCGCGCUACAACGAGGAGGAGGCCGACGAAGAGGACUACGGCUGGAAGCUGGUGCACGGCGACGUCUUCCGCUUCCCUCCCGCCAAGAACCUCUUCUGCGCCAUGGUGGGCACCGGCGCCCAGUUCCUCUGUAUCGCCGCCGGCCUGCUCCUCCUGGCCCUCGUGGGCAUGUUCUACCCCGGCUCCCACGGCUCGCUCUACACCGCCACCAUCGUCCUCUACGCCCUCACCUCCGCCGUCGCCGGCGGUGUUUCCGCCCGCCUCUUCCGACAGAUGCAGGGCCAAAAGUGGUCGUGGAACAUUCUUCUCUGCGCGUCUCUCUUCGCCGUUCCUUUCCUCUCCGUGUUCACCUUCGUGAACAGCACGGCGCUUUCGUAUGGCACCACGACUGCCAUCUCCUUCUGGGCCGUGGUCACCGUGUGCCUCAUCUGGGUCUUUGUGGGCCUGCCCCUGACCGUCUUUGGCGGCAUUGCCGGAAGGAGGCUCGGCGCCACCGAGUUCGCUGCCCCGUGCCGCACCAAGAUGGCCCCGAGGCAAAUUCCCUCCAUUCCGUGGUAUAGGCAAGCUCCCGUGCAGAUGAUCAUGGCCGGUUUCCUUCCGUUCUCGGCCAUCUACAUCGAGCUGUACUACAUCUACACGUCCGUGUGGGGCCACAACUCCUACACGCUCUGGGGAAUUCUCGCUCUCGUCUUCCUGAUUCUCAUCGUCGUGACGGCGUGCAUCACCAUCGCCCUCACCUACUUCCAGCUGUCCAUGGAGGACUACAGGUGGUGGUGGCGCUCUUUCGCCAGCGGCGGAUCGACUGGCGUCUUCAUCUUUGUCCACUCCUUCUUCUACUACGCCUACAGGUCGAAGAUGCACGGUUUCUUGCAGCUGUCGUUCUACUUUGGCUACAUGUCUCUGGUCUCGUGGUUCUUCUUCGUGAUGCUUGGCACCGUGGGCUGGUGGUCGGCCCUCGUCUUCGUGAGGAACAUCUACAGGAACAUCCACGUCGACUAA